UAAUCUUAAUUUUCUUAACUUUAUUUAAUAUUAAUUGUUUAAGUUAUAUUCCUUAUUCCCCCAUAAGAAUCUUAUAUUUUACACAUUAAUAACCCUGCUCCAUGAGGCAAUAUAGCUUCAAAACUAUUUGUUUCUAUAUUUUCUAUUAAUAAUUAUCUUUAAGUUUACAAUCCAUUUAAAAUUUCUUUUUAAUAUGUAUCUUGAUUAUCGUAAAAAUAAAAAGAAUAAGAAAGAGGAAGAUCUUUAUCUGCACAAUUAUUAAUAACAAAAUUAAAUUUUGUUUUUAAACUUUCUCCUUCAAAAUUAUUCACAUUAUCUACGAUUUAACAAUUCUGGGGACCAAUAUUUACAAAUAAAUUAUAAGUUAAUAAAGCAGGCAUUAUAAACAAUGGAUCGUAAACUGAAAGUCUUAAUUAUAAUUAAUUCUCACUUUCAGAUAAAAAAUUAACAAAAUAAUUCCAAAUUUAAAGUCUAGCUUAAUUAAAAGCAAACUUUACUGUUUUUUAUGCUUCAUUUUAAUAUAAAAAAACUCCACUAAAAAAAAUAUUAUCUAUAUUUAAGCUAGUUCCAUCAUAUUAUAAUGUAAUAUAAAUUUAUUCAUUCAUAUUUAAUCUAUUCAUUAAAUUUUUAACGGAUAAAUCAACCUUUAAAGGAGGAAUAUCAUAAUCAACUACUUAGAUUAGCACAUUAUAAGAAUAAACUGUUGCUCCCUUUAUGGCUUCGAAAAUAAAUUUAUAAAAUUAAUAAGGAUUUAGAACUUUUUUUUCAAUUGUAAUUUAAGUAUUCUAUUUAAAAGGAAUAACAUUACCCUUAUAAUCUUUACAUUAAUUAUCCUUAUCACUAUCACUUAAAUUUUUGCAACUCCAUUAUAUUGUUGUUCCGAAAUUGUUUUUUAUUGCUAUUUCUCUUUCUUAUUCACUUAAAUCCCUAUCAUUUAUAAAACCUUCAAUAUGAGUAGGUUUAGAAAAAGGUUAAAUCCUACUUCCUCCUUAAAUUUAAACAAUUAAAUCACUUUAUUUCACUUUAAAAGUUAAUGUUUUUUCUUUACUAGGAAUUUUAAAAUUUUAUGAUGUGACUUUGAUUUUGAUCUUAUAAUCAGUAUUAACAUUCACUUUAAAAGGUUUGAUAGAGAACAAAUGAAUAUUUUCUUUAGUUUUUAUUGAUUAUUUUAUUUCCAAAUCCUAAUCCAAAUGGUCCUCUUGUUCAAUUUGAAUUUCAUAUGUGUCAUCUAAUUUAUCAUGAAAGCCUAUACCUUAUGUAUACUUUCUAGUUGCAAAACUCAACUCUAUAUUAACUUCUUAAUAUCUAUAAAUUAAAUUUGAUUCAUAUUAUACUUCAAACCAAAUUUUAUAG